AUGUCCAAAACGGGAAGCAGGAAAACCUGUGUCCUUUGUGUUUUGCUUGCAUUUCAGAUCACCUUCUACGAAGGCAAGAAUUUCCAGGGCCGCCGCUAUGAGUCUGACAGAGAUUGUUUGGACUUCCACACUGACCUGAGUCGUUGCAAUUCCAUUCGUGUGGAGGGGGGUGCCUGGGUUGUUUAUGAGCGGCCGAAUUUUGCUGGAAACAUGUAUGUACUGACCCAUGGGGAGUACCCUGAAUACCAGCGCUGGAUGGGCCUGAAUGACCGUGUCAGCUCAUGCAAGUCCAUUCAGUUAUCCAGUGGAGGCAAGUACCAGAUCCAGCUCUUUGAGAAGGGUGACUUUAGUGGCCAGAUGAAUGAAUUUACAGAGGACUGCCCCUCUCUCAUGGAGCAGUUUCACUUCCGGGAAAUCCACUCCUGCAAAGUCAUGGAUGGGGCCUGGGUUUUCUAUGAACACCCCAACUUCCGCGGUCGGCAGUAUCUUCUGGAGAGAGGGGAAUACAGUAAGCCUAUGGAGUGGGGGGCUGCCUCCCCAGUGGUCCAGUCCUUCCGCCGUAUUAUGGAGUAGACAGCAGCAUGAAGUCUGACA